AUCGGUAGUUGAUUCCUUCUGCUGCCCUUUUGCUUUCUUUCUUGUACAACUUCUACAUAAUAUAUAUAUCAGCACUUUCCUCUCUCAAUUUAACGACGUAAAAUCAAAAAAGAAAUCAAAAAGUUCUUUUUAAAAGGAAAUGACCGCAAGUAGAAGAAGAAGAGAAGCUGAACCCUUGGUUCCAUGUCUAUGUUUACUGCUAAUAUUGGUAAUAAUAGUUGACAACGUAUCAGCCAACUUCUUUAAGCCUUUCAAUGUUAGUUAUGAUCACCGUGCUCUUAUCAUCGACGGUCACCGUCGUAUGCUCAUUUCCGGUGGCAUUCACUAUCCACGUGCUACUCCUCAGAUGUGGCCUGACCUAAUUGCAAAGAGCAAGGAAGGUGGGGUAGAUGUCAUUCAAACUUAUGUAUUCUGGAAUGGGCAUGAGCCAGUUAAGGGACAGUAUAUCUUUGAAGGACAAUAUGAUCUUGUAAAGUUUGUGAAGCUAGUAGGAGUGAGUGGACUAUAUCUUCAUCUUCGCAUAGGUCCUUAUGUUUGCGCCGAGUGGAAUUUUGGGGGCUUCCCAGUAUGGUUGCGUGAUAUCCCUGGAAUAGUGUUUCGAACAGACAAUGCUCCUUUCAUGGAGGAGAUGCAGCAGUUUGUUAAAAAGAUUGUGGAUCUGAUGCGAGAGGAAAUGCUAUUCUCUUGGCAAGGUGGUCCGAUUAUCAUGUUACAGAUUGAAAACGAAUAUGGAAACAUUGAACAUUCAUUUGGGCCUGGUGGAAAAGAAUAUGUUAAGUGGGCUGCCAGGAUGGCUCUAGGGCUUGGUGCUGGGGUUCCAUGGGUAAUGUGCAGGCAAACUGAUGCUCCUGGAAGCAUUAUAGAUGCAUGCAAUGAAUACUAUUGUGAUGGUUAUAAGCCUAAUUCAAAUAAGAAACCAAUACUUUGGACAGAGGAUUGGGAUGGAUGGUAUACGACGUGGGGUGGAAGCUUGCCUCAUAGGCCUGUUGAAGACCUUGCCUUUGCAGUUGCACGGUUUUUUCAACGUGGAGGGAGCUUCCAGAAUUAUUAUAUGUAUUUUGGAGGAACAAACUUUGCUCGGACUGCUGGAGGCCCAUUCUAUAUAACUAGUUAUGAUUAUGACGCUCCAAUUGAUGAAUAUGGUCUGUUGAGUGAGCCAAAAUGGGGACAUUUGAAAGAUCUGCAUGCCGCUAUAAAGCUUUGUGAACCAGCCCUAGUCGCUGCAGAUUCAGCUCAGUACAUAAAAUUAGGAUCCAAGCAAGAGGCACAUGUAUACCGUGCAAAUGUUCACGCAGAAGGCCAGAACUUAACUCAGCAUGGAAGUCAGAGCAAGUGCUCUGCAUUCCUUGCAAAUAUUGAUGAACAUAAAGCAGUUACCGUGAGAUUCCUUGGUCAAUCAUAUACUUUACCACCGUGGUCAGUGAGUGUUUUACCAGACUGCCGGAAUGCUGUAUUCAACACUGCCAAGGUUGCGGCACAAACUUCUAUAAAAUCUAUGGAGCUUGCUCUGCCUCAGUUUUCAGGUAUUUCUGCACCCAAGCAACUCAUGGCUCAAAAUGAAGGUUCCUAUAUGUCAUCAUCUUGGAUGACUGUGAAAGAGCCAAUUAGUGUUUGGAGUGGGAACAAUUUUACGGUUGAAGGCAUAUUAGAGCAUCUGAAUGUGACAAAGGAUCAUUCUGACUAUCUAUGGUAUUUCACGAGAAUUUAUGUUUCUGAUGAUGAUAUUGCGUUUUGGGAGGAAAACAAUGUUCACCCUGCAAUCAAAAUAGACAGCAUGCGAGAUGUGUUACGUGUAUUCAUUAAUGGCCAGCUUACAGGCAGCGUGAUUGGUCGUUGGAUCAAGGUAGUGCAGCCAGUUCAGUUUCAGAAAGGAUAUAAUGAAUUAGUACUAUUGUCUCAGACAGUGGGUUUACAGAAUUAUGGUGCCUUCUUAGAACGAGAUGGAGCAGGGUUUAGAGGCCAUACUAAGCUUACUGGAUUUAGGGAUGGGGAUAUAGACCUUUCAAACUUAGAAUGGACCUACCAGGUGGGACUUCAAGGUGAGAAUCAAAAAAUAUACACCACUGAAAAUAAUGAAAAGGCAGAAUGGACUGAUUUGACACUAGAUGAUAUCCCAUCAACAUUUACUUGGUACAAGACAUACUUUGAUGCACCAUCUGGGGCAGACCCAGUUGCUCUUGAUUUGGGGAGCAUGGGAAAGGGCCAGGCAUGGGUCAAUGACCACCAUAUAGGAAGAUACUGGACUCUGGUUGCUCCAGAAGAGGGAUGCCAAAAGUGUGACUAUCGGGGAGCCUAUAACUCUGAAAAGUGCAGAACAAAUUGUGGGAAGCCUACUCAAAUCUGGUAUCACAUUCCAAGGUCAUGGUUACAGCCAUCAAAUAAUUUACUUGUCAUCUUUGAGGAGACAGGAGGAAAUCCGUUUGAGAUUUCAAUAAAGUUGCGCUCAGCAAGUGUGGUCUGUGCUCAAGUGUCAGAAACCCACUAUCCACCUCUUCAGAGGUGGAUCCAUACAGAUUUUAUUUAUGGAAAUGUUUCAGGCAAAGAUAUGACACCAGAGAUGCAAUUACGGUGUCAAGAUGGAUAUGUUAUCUCCUCCAUAGAAUUUGCUAGCUAUGGGACUCCUCAAGGUAGCUGCCAAAAGUUUUCUAGAGGCAAUUGCCAUGCACCCAAUUCACUUUCUGUGGUGUCUAAGGCUUGUCAGGGAAGAGACACAUGCAAUAUUGCCAUUUCGAAUGCUGUGUUUGGAGGUGAUCCAUGCCGUGGCAUUGUCAAGACAUUGGCUGUUGAGGCAAAAUGCAGCUUAUCAUCAAGUGUUGGAUUUGCUCAGCAUUGAUGCCAAAGAACAUGGUAAAUUGGCAUUCAGUGACGUUAUCAGCUCCUGCCUGUGAUGAUGAAAUAUGUUUUUCAUGCCAAAUGCCAUGAUUAGGAUUCUCCAAGCCCUGGAGGACUGAAAGGAUGGUGGAAAUAAUAUUUAUACGAUUUGGGAAUAAUAUGAUAAGAAUGUUAUUCAAAUGAAUAACAUGCACAUAUUAACAUGUUCCUCAGAUAAUGUGCCUGUAUAACUGGCCGCUAACCAAUUUUAACCACCUGUCGUAUGCAUAAUCAUGUAGCAGUGCUCCUUCCAUAAUCCAAGUUGAUUACUCUUCUUCUCUCAAA